AUACAAUUAGCCCCGCCUCCAAAUAAAUCCAGAACUUGCAAGAAUGGGUAACUCGAGUUCUAUCAAUUUAACUGAAGAAGAUUACGAGCAAAUAAGAGCCGAGACUGGCUUCGAUAAUAGUCAAAUCCGUCGCCUCUACUCAAGAUUUUCUCACCUAGACAAGAGAAGCAAGGGCUACCUAACUCGCCAAGACUUGAUGCUGAUACCCGAUCUGGCCAUCAAUCCUUUAGGAACAAGAAUCAUUGAUGUAUUCUUCCUUGACGAAGAGAAUUCCAGUCGAGUUGUUGAAGAGGUUAAUUUCCGUCAGUUCAUACGCACGCUUGCUCUCUUUCAUAAUAAAAACAAAGGGGAUGGUACUACCAGCUGUGAUGAAAAGAGGAUUGAAUUCUUAUUCAAGAUAUAUGACAAGGACAGAGAUGGGAAGCUAUCAAAAGAUGACCUAGCACAUGUCCUGUCUUGUCUGGUUGGUCAUCAUAUAGCACAGGAGCAGGUCUACUCCAUUGUCAAGAGAACAAUGAGAGAAGCUGAUAUCAAUGAAGAUCAAUUUAUAUCUCUUGAAGAAUUUAAACAAGCUUUGAAAGAUAUCGAUAUUCAGAACAAGAUGACAUUCAACUUUUCAAGAACAUAACAGAAAUGAGAAUGAUAAUAAUAACAACAAUAAUAAUAAUAAUAAUAAUUAAUAUGAUUAUAAAAGAACGCUAAUGAGAGAUAACACAAAAGUUUUUAUUACAACAACAAAA